AUGGAAGAUUUAAAUAUGAAUGGUUUCCAUGGUGAGGAAUUAGAAAUUAUUGGUGAAAAUUUCCAUAGCAAUGUUUUAUCUACGCUGAAUAGUUUACGUCAAGGACAGAAAUUUUGUGAUGUGACGCUAGUGGUGGAACGUCACGAUGUCCCUGCACACAAAUGUAUAUUGGUAGCCUGCAGUCCAUUUUUAUUCGACCUAUUUACAAUUGAUGAAGAGAAUGGUGUUACUAGAAGUUCUUGUAAACUACGAGAAGUUUCUCACAAGGGAUUUCAAUAUUUGUUAGACUAUAUGUAUACUGGAAGGAUAUUGAUACGGAGCGAGGAUGUGAAGCUGGUUUAUGUGACGGCCAGGAAAUUAAAGAUGGAUGAGGUGGCGUUGAAAUGUGUGGCCUACCUGGCCAAUAAUCUCACUUCCAUCAAUUGUCUAGGUAUACGAUCGUACGCCCAGGAUGAGGAAAUGAAGGUCAAGGUCGACAACUAUAUCAAAUCAGACAUCAACAAAGUCAUCGUCAGUCCAAAUUUUUUUAGUUUACCAAAUUUACAGAUUGAAAUAGUUGGAAGAAAAGAAGAUGUCACUGAUAGUGAACAGAUCUCUCAUUUAUUAGAUCUAGUAUUAAUCUGGGCACAGAAUAACUUACAGGGCAAGAAAAAUAAACUAGAUAGACUCACAGAACAGAUGAAUCUGUUAUACCUAACUCGAGACAAUACUCUUCAAGACUGUCAGGAAUUCGAAGACGAGGAGCUGAAAGAGGAUGAUGGGAUACAGGAUUAUCGUAAACUGAAGCGUAAACAGAAUGGAGAGCGUAAUUUAACAGAAAAUAAUAACAACAAUAACAAGAUUAUCAGUAACAGUAGUUUACCCUUUCAAAAAUUCUCUCUGAUUAAAGAUGAAAAUAUAGAGAGAGAAUGGAAGAUUAUAGCCUACAAACAAACUGCAGAUAAUACAUAUAUGGGUAUAGCAAUAUUAAACAGUUGCCUAGUAACCAUUUCAUUACGCUAUCGUGUAGCUCAACAAUCCCCGUCUACUAGUGUAUCUGACCUAUCAGAAUCACCGACUAAUUCUACUAGUACUGACCCUCAAUAUGAUCGUAGUCGUUCGUUGAUACCAUUAAAUACCAUGUCAACACCUCGCUGUGGAUUUGGAUUGAGAUCUGUUAAUGGAAAACUUAUCGCCUGUGGUGGAUAUGAUAGAGGUGAAUGUUUAAAAUCAACAGAAUGUUUUAAUCUAGAAAGUAAUACGUGGACGAUGUUAGCUGACAUGAAAACAACGAGAGGAAGAUUCUCGGCAGCUCGAGUAGGAGAUACAAUCUUCGCCUGCGGAGGAUCAGAUGGUUACCAUGAAUUACGAACCGUAGAAGUUUACGAUGUAGAAAAAGACGUCUGGUCGUUUGUGGCUCCCAUGAUUAAACACAGAUCUUCACCGGGAGUUGCUGUUCUGGGUGAUCAGUUAUUCUGUAUUGGUGGUUGUAUGGGACAGAACAGUGUAGCUGAAUGUGAAGUUUAUGAUGCAAAAACUGAUUCUUGGUCUUUUAUAGCUUCACUCAAUACAGCCCGCUAUCAAGCGUCUGUAAGAGCGUAUAAUGGUAAACUGUAUGUGAUGGGGGGAACUGAUGGAUGGAAUUGUUUAAAUUCAGUAGAAGUUUAUGAUCCUGCUAUAAAUGAAUGGAGAUAUUUAGAAUCUCUGAAUGUCUGUCGCCGUGGGGCUGGAGUCGAGUGUUUUCAAGGUAAAUUAUAUGUAAUUGGUGGAAAUGAUGGAACCCAUUCGUUAAAAUCAACAGAAAUCUUUGAUGUGGAGAAUCAGAAGUGGAUAUUUGGUCCUGUAUUGGUCUCACCACGAUCUAAUAUAGGCUCGGCAGUUCUUGACGGUAGAUUAUUCGCUGUCGGAGGUUUUAACGGGAAGAAAUUUCUCGAUACCAUGGAAUAUCUAGAUGAUGCAAAUGAAUGGACAUUUUAUACCCCAUUCUACAAAACUCGCGGAAUAAACGGGGGUUUGUCUAGUAGUUGUGACAGCCUUGACAAUUCUAAUAAUAAUAGUGCUUUGGUAAUGGAUGGGCCAUUACAUUAGUUGUUUGCCCCCCUCCUCCUUUAUCCUCCCUCCUCAGAAAGAUAUCUUUACCCAGGGAGAAUGCAAAGUGAUACCUCCACUCUCCCUCUCCCACUCACUCACUUAUUUCCUGCAAUAGAUAUUCACAUAAAUAGCAAGUAUUUAUUCCUUAGAAUAGACAUUGCAAACUAUUUUGUGUGAGUUUUUAUUUACUGAUUGCUGGAGUGGAUUUUGUUUAAAAGCUAACAUGAAAUUUUGAAAAAGGUGAUAUACAAAUAAUGACCAUAACUCAAGUUUGUGGAAAUUAUCUACUGCUUCUAGCUCUUUUGAUUUGAUGUGAAAGUUGG